GGUUACUAUGCUGCUGACCCUGCGUAUAACCAAGCAUCCCCUGUUACUUCUGCUGGAUAUCAGGGACGAGGAGAUAAUAAGUACACUCCUGACACAACUACUAGUUCAUCUAAUCAAACAACAAGUGCAUCACCUUAUGGUUAUCCUACAACACCUACCACGCCUAAUAAUCCACAUCACUAUUCACACACCUCAAAUACUGGCUACGACGAAAUUACUGCAGCGCAAAUACAUCACUUACCUGGUGUUCAUGGCGUUCAUGAUUAUCCAAAAGCCUAUGGUGGUAUUCCACCUCUUAAUUUUUUGGGCAACGCGGCAGGUAAUAAUCCGCAACCCACAUCAGGAUCCGCGGGAUCAAACUCUACCGGCGGAAAAACUAGCAACAAUGGUAGUUCGGAAUUGAAUAGUCCAGCACAGUAUAAGGGAUAUGCCGACAAAGCUUCAGCCGGCUCACAACAAGCUGGAGUUGGGCAAUCUGGAGCUCAACAACAGCAGCAUAGUAACCCUAAAAAAGAU